UGAAUAGAUGUUUGAAUAGAUUAAAUUAAUAUUUUUAUUGAUGAUUAUGAUGAUGAUGUAUAAAAUUGCUUUUAAUUUUAUUUUAGCUAUAAAUAAAGAAUACUUCAUGAUAUAAUUCAAUUAAAGGAGUUUUGCAAUGAAAAGUCUAAUUGAGGAUUAUGCUGACAUUGACAAUGAACAUCUUGGAAUGUUAUAUUCUGGAGACAUGAAUAAAAAUGUCAAAGCAAUAAGGUACAUUAAAAAUCAGAUCAUUGGAAUGAACUCAAAGAAAACUACUUACGUAAGCAUGGGAGUGCUUGAAAGAAUAAUCGAACUUGUGCUGGAAGAUAGCACAGCCAUAGAGUUUGCUAUAGAAGCAGCAGCAGUCAUUGGAAGUUUAGCUCAAGGUGGAACUGAGUCAUUGCAGCGUGUUCUUGAAUCACAAGCAGUUGCUAUUCUUUGCAAAGGAAUUUGUCACCAUGAUGAAAAAUUAAUACUUACUUGUUUGCGUUCUUUACGUACUUGCUAUCUUACUAACCAAGUUCCUCCUGAUCUAAUAUAUGAGGAUGUCAAUUUAGUAUCAUCACUUGUUCAACUAUUAAGAAAAAAUUCUCAGUGUGCUGAAUGUGUAGCUAAUAUUUUGCUGCGGUCUUGCAAGAAUGUUAAAGACCAAACCACUCUAUAUGAUGCUGGAGUUAUUAGUGCUUUAGCUGUAUGGUUAGAUUGUAAACAUCCGUCUGUAUUAAUUCCAGUAGUUGGGACAUUGUCAGUAAUUGUUUGUGCCAAUGAAAUAAUUGCAAAUGAGUUGCUUCAUGAUGAUUGCUAUAGUAUUAUGAGGAAAUUGCUGAUUCUCAUAUCUCCUGAUCAUGCUGAUCCAGUUCAAUUGGAAGCAAGUGCAUGCUUAUCAAAAAUAUUGCGUGCUGCUUCAACAAAAAGUUCUGAUGAAAUUCUCAAGCAAAAGAUUUUAUCAGUCUUGGUGAGAAUGUGUCAUAGUGAAAAGCCUGAUUAUAUUAGAAUUAUUGCAGCCAAUUCUUUAGCAUAUUUCAUUGAAGACAGUAUAACUCUACAGGAAACAGCCUCUAUUUCAAAUCAUCUCAUCAAAAAUAUUGCACUAUAUUUUAAAGUAAAUGCAGAUGUAUCUAAAGAAAAUGCUGACAAAUUAAAAGAGAAUGCAUUUAAAGUUUAUGCUGCACUUUCUGCAAAUGAUGAAAAAAUUAGAAAACAAAUUGUUGAAACAUCCACAAAUUUAAUAACGGAUAUUCAUGAAGCUAUUAAUCAAGAUUGCAAUAUUUCUCUACAAGCAGCAGGUAUGCAGUGUCUUCUGAGUCUUUCUCGCUCUGUUCAACAGUUACAUACCACUUUUCAAGAUUCUAAAUUAUGGGAACCUGUAAUAUCUGCACUGAAAUCGAGUUCUUCUGAUGAUAUAAUAAGUGUUUCUUCUUCAGUGUUGUGUAAUCUACUUCUAGUUUUUUCGCCUUGCAAAGAGGUUCUUGUUGAGUAUGGUGCUUUAGAAGUUUUGCUUGCUUUAAUAAAAAGAAAUGAACCACCACUGCGUGUGAAUGGUGUUUGGGGUCUUAUGAAUUUGGCUUCUGAGACAAACGAAGUUUUGAAAAAGAAAAUUGUUGAUUACGUUGGCAUAUCGAAUAUAUUAAAAUUACUUAAUGAUAGUCAUGUUGAGGUUGCUGUAAAAGCACUUGGUGCUCUAAGGAACAUUCUUACUGGAGGGGAAAAGGAAAUAGAUGCACUUAUGAGUGUUUAUGGACAAGAAAUAAUAAAUUCAAUUCGACCUUUAGUUGUCACCGAAAAUCUCUCCGUGGACUUAAGAGAACAGGUAUUAUGUUUGCUUUCAAAUAUUGCAAAUGGUUCAUACUCAAAAGAAAUUCUCAUGAAUGAAGACUUACUGUUAGCUAAAGUAAUCAAUCAUCUAAGUUCUGAAAGUGAGCAACUGCAAGUUGCAAGUAUAUUUUGCAUAACCAAUUUGACAAGGAAUACAAACGAUAGAUCUGUUUUUCGCCAAAACAAACUUCGAGAACUUGGUGCUGAAAAACAACUUAAAGAUCUUCUUAACUCAACAAACACAAGUUUAAUUGAUAGAGUUCGAGUUGCGUUGCUGCAGUUUUCAACGUGAUGUUAUCUAAUCUUUUACGAAAGUUACGUUUUUUUUAUAUAUUUUCAAAAAAUAUUUUGAAUAUUUUUUGUAUAAUUUAAUUGUUUUUACAUAAUUGUAAUUACAAGUUUUAAAUUUUGUGAUAGAAAAAUUAGGUAAGUUGAAGUUUUGAAUAAAAAAAGUCAGAUAAA